CAAUAGUUCAAACGCAGCCUUUCAACUACCUGAAUAUAUAUGUAUAUUAUUCCUAUUUCCAUUUGAGAACAUAGCUUACAAAUUAAACCAACAUUUGAUGAAAAUUUAUUAGAAUAUGGACAUACAGUACUUGAUUGUUAGUGUUUGGUGGCAGUAACAGACGACAUAGUUUGCAUUAUUAAGGUUUGGAGUUAUUAAGCAUUCUUCCUCUUCUUUGAACUACCACUGAGUAAGGUACAAGCUGCAAAAUACAAUUGGGAUUGAUGUGAAGACAUUCCAUGGAUUUAUAGAUUAAACAACCUUUGGGAUGUCGCGCCUUUAUAUAACUUCAAAGAAGCCCAAACAGAUAGCCCAAGACAGGGAAUUAAAGGCAAAUGACAGAGAAUACAAUCAGAAAUUUGAGUAUCCGAAAAAUUUCAUUAAAACCUCUAAAUACAACGUUUUGACAUUUUUGCCAGUCAACUUGUUUGAACAGUUCCAACGAAUUGCCAAUGCUUAUUUUUUAUUUUUAUUGGUUUUGCAGCUUGUUCCACAAGUUUCGUCUCUCUCUUGGACUACCACAGUUAUACCAUUACUUCUGGUGUUGAUUAUAACAGCUGUGAAAGAUGCCAUUGAUGAUUAUAAUCGCCACCAGAGUGACAAACAAGUCAACAAUCGCUACGUUAAGAUUCUCUCAAAUAAGAAGUUAGAGAGGGAAAAAUGGAUGCAUGUUCAAGUGGGCGAUAUAAUUAAACUCCAAAAUAACCAAUUUGUAACAGCAGAUGUACUGUUGUUAACAAGCAGUGAACCACAUGGCUUGGUUUACAUUGAGACAGCUGAGCUUGAUGGGGAAACAAAUCUAAAAGUGAAACAGGCAUUAACAGUCACUUCGGUCAUGGGAGAAGACAUCCAUGCUCUGGCAGCUUUUGAUGGUGACAUUAAAUGCGAAAUACCCAAUAACAAGUUGGAUAAAUUUGUGGGCACACUUACUUACCAAGGAAAUAAAUAUCCACUGAAUGUAGAGAAACUGCUACUGCGUGGCUGUGUUCUGAGAAACACAGAAUGGUGCUUUGGCCUUGUUAUCUUUGCAGGACCAGAAACAAAACUAAUGCAAAAUAGUGGACUGCCAACUUUUAAACGGACAAGUAUAGAUCGACUGAUGAACGUUCUUGUUCUAUGGAUUUUUGGCUUCCUAGCCAUCAUGUGUACAUUUCUGGCUUUUGGAAAUGCUUUCUGGCAACAUAAUAUUGGGUAUUACUUUCAAACCUUCUUGCCUUGGCAAUCUUACAUAUCAAAUUCUUCGUUUUCUGGAUUCCUUGUGUUCUGGUCUUAUGUGAUCAUUUUGAAUACUGUUGUGCCAAUUUCCCUGUAUGUCAGUGUUGAAAUAAUACGUCUGGGUAAUAGCUUCUACAUUGACUGGGAUCGUAAAAUGUAUUACCCAAAGAAAGAUUUUCCUGCAAAAGCUCGGACUACAACACUAAAUGAGGAGCUUGGGCAAAUUAAAUAUAUUUUCUCUGAUAAAACGGGUACUCUGACACAGAACAUCAUGGCAUUCAACAAGUGCACAAUUAACGGUGUAUUAUAUGGAGAUGUACUUGACUUUGCCGGACAAAGGGUAACAAUUACAGAGAAAACACCAAAACUAGAUUUCUCAUUUAAUCCCAUGGCAGACAGUAACUUUGUUUUCUACGACAAAAGUCUAGUGGAAGCUGUGAAUACAAAAAAACAUGAAGUCCAUGAAUUCUUCCGUCUUCUUUCACUGUGCAACACUGUGAUGCCUGACGAAAAGCAACAAGGUAAACUGGUGUAUCAGGCUCAGUCUCCAGAUGAAGGUGCACUUGUAACUGCAGCAAGAAACUUUGGCUUUGUUUUGAAGUCCCGUACCCCUGAAACAAUAACCAUAAUUGAAAUGGGUAAACCAACAGUAUAUAAAAUGCUUGCUAUUCUGGACUUUGACAACAUACGAAAAAGAAUGUCUGUCAUAGUAAGGUCCCCAGCGGGAAAGCUGCACUUGUACUGUAAGGGGGCUGACACAGUUUUGUUCGCCAAACUUAGUCCUUCAUCUCAGACUAUAUUGCCCAAAACCGUUGAACACCUCAAUGAAUUUGCAGGAAUAGGUUUACGCACAUUACUUCUGGCAUCCAAAGAGUUAAAUGAACGAGCAUUUAAUUCUUGGCAAAAACGUCAUCUUGAAGCAAGUACUUCAGUACAGAAUCGAGAAGAAAAACUGCAAUUGUUAUAUGAAGAGAUUGAACGUGACUUGCAUUUGAUAGGUGGCACUGCAGUUGAAGACAAACUCCAAAGAGGUGUUCCUCUGACAAUAGAAAAGCUCUCAGAGGCAAAUAUUAAGAUAUGGGUUCUUACAGGUGACAAACUAGAAACAGCAGUAAAUAUUGGGUAUGCAUGUAAUUUACUGCAGGAUGAAAUGAAUGAAGUAUUCAUUAUUGAAGCUGACACUCCGGAUGCUGUACAUGAUGAACUAUGGGCUGCCAGAGAACAAAUGACAGGACAAGUUGAGCCAUCCACUUACGAUGUAGAGUUCUCAAAAAAGUCAAAGACACCAUUUGUCAAGCCUGAAACUAUUAAAGGGAAAUAUGGUCUAGUGAUCAGUGGAACCAGUCUGGCAUUUGCUCUAGAAAAAAAAUUAAAAUUGGAUUUCCUGACCAUAGCUUGUUCAUGUGAGGCAGUCAUCUGUUGUCGCGUAACACCCCUUCAGAAAGCUCAUGUUGUGGAACUGGUGAAAAAGCACACAAAAGCAAUAACUCUUGCAAUUGGAGAUGGUGCAAAUGAUGUAAGCAUGAUUAAAGCUGCUAAUAUUGGAGUGGGUGUUAGUGGUCAAGAAGGAAUGCAAGCUGUCCUGUCAAGUGAUUUUGCUUUUGCCCAGUUUCGCUAUCUCCAACGCCUGUUGUUAGUCCAUGGAAGAUGGUCAUAUAUUCGGAUGUGCAAUUUUCUCCGUUAUUUCUUCUACAAAAAUUUUACCUUUACCCUUGUUCACUUUUGGUAUGGAUUCUUCUGUGGAUUUUCAGCACAGACUGUGUAUGAUGAAUGGUUCAUUACUCUUUACAAUUUAGUAUAUACAGCUCUUCCUAUAUUGGCAAUGAGUCUGUUUAAUCAGGAUGUGAAUGACUACUGGAGUCUUGCAUAUCCACAACUUUAUGAACCUGGCCAAUUGGAUCUUUUUUUCAACAAACUAGAGUUUGUUAAAUGUGUUAUCCAUGGAAUUUACAGUUCUCUGGUUCUCUUCUAUAUUCCUUAUGGUGCUUUGUAUGAAACAGUCAGGGAUGAUGGAAAAACUACAUCAGAUUAUCAGUCUUUUGCUCUAAUUGCUCAGACCUGUUUGCUUCUGACUGUUACAAUGGAGAUUGCAAUUGACACUGUAUAUUGGACGGCUUUCAAUCACCUUUUUAUUUGGGGCAGUCUUGUUGUUUACUUUGCCAUAAGCUUUACAAUGUACAGCAAUGGCUUGUUUGCGAUAAUUCCUGGUGCAUUUUCUUUUAUAGGUGCUGCUCGGAACAUCCUGAACCAGCCACAUGUAUGGUUAACCAUUUUCCUAACAACAGUACUAUGUUCUCUGCCAACCAUUAUCUUACGAUGUAUCGCAAUCGAAACAAAACCAACCUUCAGUGAUAAACUGCGACACAAACUUAGCCAGAGAAAGAAAAUAGUCCUUCCUAAACGAAAAUCUCAACCCAUCAGACGGGUCAGUGCACGUCGUUCUGGCUAUGCUUUCUCCCAUCAGCGGGGCUUUGGUGCCCUUAUUACGACUGGAUUGAAUAUGCGACCACAAGCUCUCCGUUCUCCAACUUUUAGGAGUUCUGCUGGAAUUAAAACUGAAAAGUCAUCAGGAUAAGUGAACAUUGAGACCUUGAAGAGAGUAAAACUGGCUUUAUAUGAGAAGUAUGAUAAAUAACUCUUGGUGAAGACGAUUAGGGUUUGUCCAUAAUGAGAUACUGGCUGCACAAAUUCCUCUAUUUGUGAACAGUGCAAGAUUUUAUGUGUCUGCUGCAUAAUUCGUCCUGGAUGUAAACAACACAAACAAGAAACUUUGUUAUAAAAGGACAGUGAUCCAAAGCAGCCAGCACUUGAUUUUAAUUUUCUUUUAGGAAACACUCCUAAUUUAAAGUGUUUAUGUUUGGAUAUUAUAUGUUUAUGUUAGAGGCAUUAAACAGAUAGUGAAUAUUCUGUAAAAACACCUUUUCUCAUGCUAUGUUCAGCUUGAGCUUGAAGUGAAAGUGCAGUUACCUGACAAUUGACCUGUGCUCUCGCUACCCCAUCCCUGCCACAUUUAUUGAGCGUUUUUCCUAGUUCCUUGCAGCAUUCAUCACACCAAAUAUGCAAUGACAUUACCAUAUACAUAUGACACAUAAGGCAUGACUACAUAGUGGGAGAAAAAGGAGCAGUAUGUGUGUUGGCUGCUCAAAGUAUACAUUUAUCAGACAUGCAGUGGUGGCACUAUUGCUGGAGACAAAAUGCCACCCCGCCCCCCGCGGUGUGCUGGUGAAGGGAUCUAACUGAGUGUAUUCCACAUUUUUCAAAAUACAGCAAUGCUGUAGAUGGUAGCAAAGAUUUCAUUAGAAUUUUUACAUUUACCCCUUUUCACUCAGAAUAUUUGGGAAUUUAUUUGUUCGGAGUGUAGUACAUCUUUCAUAUUUGGAAUUUCUGAAUCUUUGUGAUGUAAGUUAUACAUGUUGGUGGUCAUACAUUCUACAAAACACUGUCUCUGCUGGGGUUUAACCACUUGCAGUGUUGAAGAGACAAAAUUCAAUAGUAGGAAAUGUGCUAUCUCAUGUUAGCAAACAGUCUUGUCAGCAAAACAAUAUGCUAAACAGAACACUGUUGUGUGUUGAAUACAAUCAGUGGCUUCAGAGUUACUUAUACUGGUUAUAUGUAAAUUGCUGCUAAUCGUAUUGCUUUGUGAAUUUAAAGUGUUCCAGAUUACAAAUGGGCAUUAGACUUAUUCAACUUUGAAUAUUCAACUUUGCCAGUUCAUCUUUGUUCAGAUUCAGCAGAAGCAGAAUAUAAACAGUUUUAUCUAUAUUCAGAUUGCCUUUGAGGUGUGACCUCCAGUAAACUGUGUGUUCUACCUGUGGUGCUCCCAGGCAGUAUUCUGACUUGGGAAGAGAGUAGUUAUUAAUGAUAGAUGGGGAAAUGAAAUGGUAAGCACAGGCAUGCUAAUUAAACAGUUGUAACCUUUUUCUCAGAAGCAGUGUUGCCAAUAAUAUAAC